AUGUUGCUCACCGUGAAACCUCCUUCGCACCAGGGAAUUUUAGCUCCCCAUGAUUACGCUGCUGUGCCGCCUUCUUCCCAUCACCACCACCACCACCACCUUCACCACGAUCACCACCCCUCCCCUCUUGUCACGCGCGAGACUCCUCCUGUCUCGUCCCCAGAUCCAUUACCCGCUUCCGCCGCCGCCGCCGCUGCUGCACAGUUUACCCUUUCUACUAAGGCCAACGAGGUUAUGGACUCGACCAACCGAAACCUACCACCAAUGUCGAUAACUCUCGCCCCUCUAGAUCGUGGUCACCCGGUCAUGGCUCCUAUGAACCCGUCCCUGUCUCAUCUACCAUCCCCUCCUUCCCAAUUGCAGAAUACGGAUGAGUCCAUGCGCCAUGGGAAUCUUCAAUGGACUCAGCAGUAUAUCUCACAGAUGUCCGGCCAGGGGAACUCGUUGCAGCCACAUCCUUCUCAGCAAGCCUCCCAUAUGUAUGCGCAUACGCACACACCACCGCAACCUCAGCCCCAACAAUACCCGCCGCCUCAACAACAUAAUCAACAGCAACAUCAUCAGCAACAGCAUCAGCAACAGCAACAGCAACAGCAACAGCAACAGCAGCAGCAGCAGCAACAACAACAACAACAACAACAGCAACAACAUCAGCAUCAGCAGCACGUGCCUCACCCUUCACAGCCCGCUCCUUCACCAGUCUCUCAUUGCCGUCCUCCGUCUCCUCAACAGCCGCAAGCACAAUCUAUGCCCCCACCUCUUCAAAUACCAGCAGCAGCCCAACAUGCACCGUCCGAAACUCCAUGGGAUAGUCGCAUGAUUCCUCCAAACCCUUACGCUGCACAACUGCCUCCUUCCAUAGCCGGUCCUUCUCAGUCAUCACCUUUAUCUCCAUCUUCUCAUCCUUCGUACGGCCGUGCGCCAUCAUCCCGCCCGCCCAAUCCGAGUCAGACUACGGGUCAUCCAAUGCCCAACGCAGCCCCAUUGUCACGUAUUAACACAGCUGAAAUGCACAUCCAACAUCCUCACACCAACACUGAAGCGAAUGCAUCAUACACCGUCUCGCCUCCAGCAACGAGACCUCAACAGCAACAGCAACAUCGGUCGUCAUCACCAUCACUAGCCAAAUCCGAUUCGGGAGCUGGCACAGCACCAGCUCAUCCCCAAUCGCAAUCGCAUCGACCUCAAAUUAGUAGUCAGUCACAGUCAUCAUCAUCUUCCCCCUCAAUAUACUUCCAUCACUGGGUCCCACCGAACCAAUCAUUAAACCACAAUAAUAGUCCCUCAACAUCAGCAGGUGGGACAAGUACCAGUAAAAGCCCGAAUAACUCACCGUAUUCCGCGCAUCUCAAUUCCCAUCUGCGUUCUGAUUAUCAGAAUUCUCCGAGGAAGAGGAAGCCGCAGUUCGUACAUCAACCAGUCCCGCCACCUCCAAGAGCUGAGACAUCGCCGGGAAGGACGCCGCCAAAGGGCAAUGGGCGGAGUGGGGGACAUAUGAAACAUCAGAACCAGUCACAAAACCAGUCGCAACUGCAGGGCCAGGAGCAGAAUUAUUCUGGCGAUUUCCCGGAACUGGGGAGACAUGGGCAAAUGCAUGUGGCAUCAUUAGUUCGGGCUGAGGAAGACGAAAAUGGUCAGCCGACAUCGGGGCGGGGUUCGAACAAUUCGGAUCGGGACCGGGAGCGGGAGCAGGAACGGGAGCGGGAGCGGGAGCGGGAGAGCAGUGCUAAGCGGGAACGGAGUAGUGGGGUGCGGUUUGUUGCUGGUGGUAGCGGUGGUGGUGGUGGUGGUGGAGGAGGGACAGGGGCAGAUUCUCGAGAUGAUUUACCACAGGGCGGUUCUGCCGGAGGAAGUCCUGAACAGCCACCACCUACCCCAAGCAAUAAUAUCAAUAAUCAGAACCAUGGACAUCGUUCCUUCAGUGGAUAUGAUGCUGGUUCAGGUUCUGGUUAUGGUCAUGGUGGUCAUGGUGGUCGUGGACAUGCACAGGGACAGGAUGGCGACGGACCCCCACCACUACAACAGCAACUUCCGCCAGUCAAAACAGGGAUUUCCAGCGGCCAUGCGAACACAUACCGGUCACCUACGGACCCAUCUCCGGUUCAUGCCAGUUCGAGAGAGGAGGCAGAGGGGCAGGCGGCGGUGGGUUGA